AGCCUGACUUGCUCAAACCACACUGGUUGGAGCGGCUUGGUCCAAAAGGUAUGUUUCAGUAAGGGUGGCCUGGUCACCGCAGCCACCGAUCGCACGCGAUGGAUCGCGUGAGCGGAAGGCAGCGGAGUCGGAGCGCCAAGAGGAACAGCGCUGCUUGUAGGCGUGGCGCCGCCGAGCACCAGGCCUGGAGGGCUUCCCAGGCAGGUCCAACAGAGGUGCGCCAGAAAGAGCAGGACAUGAUCGUUGUGCCGAGCUCGCUGUGCAGCAUCAACCGUAUCAUCGGCUGCCGGGGCACCAGGAUGAACAAGUUCCAAAAGGACAGUGGUGCUCGGAUCGAUUAUUCGGACGAAAGCGGCACCACUUCCUCUUACGUGUUCCUGAUCGUUGGAUCUAAGCGAUCUGUAAUGAUCGCUAAGGCGUUCAUCGAGGAUCUAGUCGAAGAAAUCGGCACUCUGGAUGUAGAGGAGAGGCUGAAGAUAUCAAAAGAGGUGUCUACGCGAAUCAUCGGCCCCGGUGGCUCUACAGUCGAGACGUUACAGAAGGAGAGCGGCGCGUCGAUUGAUAUCAUCACGACGACUAUUCCCUCAGUGGCUUGCAUCCGUGGCACCAUCGAUUCCGUUGAACGUGCUACCAAAUUGAUCUCCAAUAUGUUUGAUAACAGCGGCAUGUCAGUCUUUGGGGACGGCGCCGAGGAUCAUUGGUCCGAGAGCGUCGAGGUGCCGAACGCGAUGGUUCGCAGAAUUUUGGGCUGGGGCGGGCGAGAUAAGGAGACCGAGAUAGCAGUCGCGAAGCCAUCUGGCGACACCACCAGAUUAACGAUCACGGGCUCUAACGCGUCCGUGGUAAAGGUUUUAGAUUUGAUUUCGGAGUUGAUGGACUACGAUCGCACGGCGAUGGAAGAAGCCAGGGUUGAAAGUCCACGAAUAUACGAUAAUAUCACGCUGGUGAUUCCUCACUUGCGGCGACGGGCCGAAGACAGGACAGCUGACGCUGACUCGGAGAGGGAUGAUGGCCUACACCGAACACCAGCUCUAUUUCAUAAUCCCAGACCGACCCAGGCUUCUGCCAGACCUAGACCAUCUCAGGCUCCACACAUUUCGCUGCACUAGCCAGCCGACUCGGAGAGACGGGUGUAAUACACUUCAGACGCAGGAGAUGAUUAUCCUCUCUUGUCCUCCUUGAUAUCUCCCGAGCUUCCUGCCUUAUCUGCUCUCCGCGCGCACUGGAUGGCACGUGAAAUUUUGAUAACCCGCAGCGACUGCUCGGAUCGAGUCCAGAUGUUGCCACCUCUUGCGCGCUUAAUAUUGAGUUGCUCGCGGCAAGUUUCGCCACCGUGCCAGCGCAGCACUCCGCGUGGCGAUGCUGCAAGCACCGCCCAAAAGGCCGUAGCAUGUGACUCAGUUCGUCUCU